AUGGCCACUCAAGCAUCUUUGUAUGUUCCCGAAAAUAUCGUUCAUAAUGUCAAAACAAUCACAUUUAUUCGUUCUUCCAUGUCUGCAAUUACCGGUUCAGCCGCUGGAAUUUUAGGGUUAACCGGUUAUUUUGGUUUUAUCUUUUAUGGUAUCACCGCUUUGUUCACAUCUUUUCUCAUUUGGACUUUAAAAACACAAACAAAACCAGGGAUAUAUUUUCGCAGUAGGACAGAUGUUUGGACAGAAGGAGUGUUUGGUGGACUAUUUUCUUAUGUGCUAUUUUGGACUCUGCUAUACGGUAUUGUGCACGGUGCGUAUUUUAUUAAUCUUGUAGAAAGCAUAAUAAUUUUUGCAUUAAUUGAUAACUCAUUAUAA